GAGAUCAGUUGUAACCUGCCCGCCAGGAAUAACGGUCCCGAUAACUAACGGUCCUCCUCGCAACUGUUUUCAAAGGCUUAUUUCCGUUUCUCGAGGAUCCUUUCUUUUUUCUCUCCACAUCGCUGUUGAUCCCGAUCCGUUUUCCACCACCGAACCGCCUGAAAACGCACAAAUUACCAGAGACACUGAGGUCCGAGGAGUGGGAGCCCAUCAUCACCACCGGCACCAUCCUCAACAUCACCAUCUGAGAAGGAGGAGUGGAGCCCAUCGCAGGCGCGGAGCCCCAUGCGAGCUGCCAUCUGAUCCGCUCUUAUCAAUGAAGCAGCAGAUCAUGGCGGAUGGCCCCAGGUGUAAGAGGCGAAAACAAGCCAACCCGAGGAGGAAAAACGCAGUGCUGAACUAUGAGAACGUGGUGGAGACGGGUUCGGAGACGGACGAGGACGACAGGUUGCUGGUCUCCGAGGAAGACGUUCUGCUCAACGGCGAGGUGAGCCCGGCGAGUGGACUCAAUCAGGAGGCCUCGCCAAGCCUUGGACACGCCCUGACAGCCAAGGAGGACGAGGACGACGACAUGAGGGACAGCGGCGUGGAGCAUGUGUGGCACGACGGCGACGUGCUGCGCACCUCCCUCGACGGUGCCGACGAAAUGAAGGAUGACUACGAUACUUUGGGGACCGACACCACUCUCCACGCGGUGGGAAACGGUACAGUUAAGAACAUGGACUGCGCUUCGGAGUUCGAGGACUUCUUUGGCAAACGGAAGUUGGAUGAGAGCGACGGCCACGUGGGAAGCAUCGCUGAGUACCUGCAGCGCGGCGACACCGCUAUCAUUUACCCGGAAGCUCCCGAGGAGCUGUCCCGCCUGGGCACGCCCGAGGCUCACGGGCCCGAGGAGAGCGACCUGCCACCUGGAACUCCAGAUGCUUUUGCCCAACUGUUGACCUGUCCGUAUUGCGACCGGGGCUACAAGCGCUUGACGUCACUUAAGGAACACAUCAAAUACCGACAUGAGAAGAACGAGGAGAACUUUGCGUGUCCCCUGUGCAGCUACACGUUUGCCUACCGCACGCAGCUGGAGCGGCACAUGGCUACACACAAGCCAGGCCGAGAUCAGCACCAACUGCUGAACCAAGGAGCUGGCAACCGCAAGUUCAAAUGCACAGAAUGCGGCAAGGCCUUCAAAUACAAACACCAUCUGAAGGAACACCUGCGGAUUCACAGCGGUGAAAAACCAUAUGAAUGUCCAAACUGCAAGAAACGCUUCUCCCACUCUGGGUCCUACAGCUCCCACAUCAGCAGCAAGAAGUGCAUUGGCCUGAUCACGGUCAACGGACGCAUGCGUGGUGGUAUGAAGGCUGGCUCCUCCCCCACAUCAGCAUCAUCUUCACCCACCAACUCGGCCAUUUCGCAGCUGCGCCACAAACUGGAGAACGGCAAGCCACUGGGGCUGCCUGACCAGGCUGGCCACAUCAACAUCAAGACUGAGCCACUUGACUUCAAUGACUACAAGCUUAUGAUGGCCUCACAGGGAUUUGGCGGCCCUGGUCCCUUCUUGAAUGGAGGAGUCGGCAGCGGAAGUCCACUAGGGGUUCACGGCUCAGCUCAAAGCCCCAUGCAACACUUGAGCUUGGGGAUGGACUCACAGCUGCUCGGCUACCCCAGCCUGGGAAACAAUCUAAGUGAGGUGCAGAAGGUCCUCCAGAUCGUAGACAACACUGUGUGUAGGCAAAAGAUGGACUGUAAACCGGAGGAGAUCUCCAAGCUGAAGGCUUACAUGAAGGAGCUUGGCUCACAAGGGGAGGAGCAGAAGCAGGUUUUGACACCCCCAGUGGCACCCCCGGUCAGUCUUCCAGUCGUCAGCCACAAUGGCGCCACUAAAAGCAUCAUUGACUACACUCUGGAAAAGGUGAACGAAGCCAAAGCUUGCCUACAGAGUUUGACCACAGACUCAAAGAGACAAAUUAGCAAUAUCAAAAAGGAGAAGUCAAAUCACAUGGUAGAUCUAGGUACUGAGGACAAGAUGCACGAAAACAACGUUAUGUUUACACCUUUCUCUUGCCAAUACUGCAAGGAAACCUUCCCAGGUCCGAUUCCUUUGCAUCAGCAUGAGCGAUACCUGUGCAAGAUGAACGAGGAGAUUAAGGCGGUCCUCCAGCCAAACGAGAACCUUGCGCCCAGCAAACCUGGGACUUUUGCAGAGAAACAUGCUCUCCUUCUUUCUUCCAUGCUUUCUGAGAAGGGAGUAACAAGCCCCAUCCACCCUUACAAGGACCACAUGUCCGUGCUCAAAGCGUACUUUGCCAUGAACAUGGAGCCGAACUCAGAGGAACUACUGAAGAUUUCCAUAGCGGUCGGCCUCCCUCAGGAAUUUGUUAAAGAGUGGUUUGAGCAGCGGAAAGUAUACCAGUAUGCCAACCCUCGGACCCCACCACUAGAGCGGAACAAUGGGGAAGUGGUGUUGAAUCCAACUAACCACACCCCCACCAAAGACUCUAUGGCAGCCAGGUCUCCGGUGUCCCUGGUCAAGCCCACCGACCGUAUCACAUCCCCCGCCAUUGCAGAGCUCCACAACAAUGUCAACAACUGCGACGCUCCCCUCCGGGUUUCAAAAACUGCCCAGUUCACCGGUAGCAAGCCGAUGGGUGAGAAAUUGGACCACUCAAGGAGCAACACUCCUUCCCCUUUGAAUCUCUCCUCCACAUCUUCAAAAAACUCCCACAGUAGCUCUUACACUCCAAACAGCUUCACUUCCGAGGACCUCCAGGCUGAGCCGCUGGACCUUUCAUUGCCAAAACUCAUGAAGGAGCCUAAAAGCAUUCUGGCAGCAAAGAGUCGGCUGAAACCUAACAGUAUUACCCUUGACCACAACAAUGUUUCCUCCCCACGUGAGCACUUGGAAGAGCCUUUGAACUUGGCUUAUCUCAAGAAAGAGUUUGCCAGCUCUAACAACGGCAACCUCGAUAAAAGCACUAGCCCCAUGUUUGGCAUUAACCCCUUUGGUGCCAAGCCUCUGUACACGUCACUCCCACCACAGAGCGCUUUUCCACCAGCUACUUUCAUGCCUCCGGUUCAGGCCAGCAUCCCAGGGUUGAGGCCAUACCCAGGGCUGGACCAGAUGAGCUUCCUACCGCACAUGGCCUACACAUAUGCAGCGGGAGCAGCAACAUUUGCCGAAAUGCAGCAAAGGAGGAAAUAUCAGCGGAAGCCAGGUUUCCAGGGGGAGCUGCUUGACGGAACAGCAGAUUAUAUGUCAGGCCUGGAUGACUUGACAGACUCUGACUCCUGUCUGUCCCGGAAGAAGAUUAAGAAGACAGAAAGUGGUAUGUACGCGUGUGACUUGUGCGACAAAACAUUCCAGAAGAGCAGUUCCCUCCUAAGACACAAAUAUGAGCACACAGGUAAACGACCACACCAAUGUCAGAUCUGCAAGAAGGCAUUCAAACACAAGCACCACCUGAUCGAGCACUCACGCCUGCACUCAGGUGAGAAGCCCUACCAGUGUGACAAGUGCGGCAAGCGCUUCUCCCACUCGGGCUCCUACUCGCAGCACAUGAACCACCGCUACUCCUACUGCAAGCGGGAGGCUGAGGAGCGGGAAGCGGCAGAGCGGGAGGCACGCGAGAAGGGCCACCUGGAGCCCACGGAGCUGCUCAUGAACCGGGCCUUCCUUCAGGGUAUGACCCCUCAGGGCUACCCAGAUCUUGAGGACCGGGGCACCAUCCUGAGGGAUGGCAUGGAGGGUGCCAUCAGAGAGCGACAGAAGGAAGUCGGAGGAACGUACGCGAAGAUAGGCCGGAGGGACGAGGAGUUCGAGGAAGAGGAAGAGAGCGAGAACAAGAGCGUGGACACGGACCCAGACACGUUGCGGGACGAGGAAGAGAACGGCGAGCACUCGAUGGACGAUAGCUCGGUGGACGGGAAAACAGAAACCAAAUCCGAUCACGAGGACAAUAUGGAGGAUGGCAUGUAAUGAAACUACUGCAUUCGAAAGCUUCCCCGGUUUUUCGUUUCUGUUUCUUUAAUUUCCCCAGUAGAAUUGUUACCUGCUUGGUUUUCCAACACGCUGCUGUGUUCAAGCUCUUACAUGCACGUGCCUGAAGCUUCCAGGAAGCUGUACGGAUGGACUCAUGGGGGUGGGGUGGGGCCACAUUUCAGAGACUUUAAUUUUCAUUUCAAGUUGGCGGGUGAAGGGUCAUUUAAGAAGCUGCAUUAUGCAAAAAAGUUAAAAAUAAUAAUUAUUAAAUAAAUGAAAUACAUUUUAAAAAUUGUACAGUAUUAAGGCCUGAAAAAUGUGUGGUGCUAACCUCUAAACCCUGUGUUUCAUAGUAUUUAUAGCACAAACUAGUAACUUGUACAACUUGCACUCUGCUUCUAUAAUCACUACAAAAAUAAUAAAAAGUAUUGCCUAUGUAUAUUUAUACAGUGUUUAAAAAAACGGUAGUGUGCGCACUACAUCAGUAUUAUUACUUAUCUAUCACUUAAUGUGUUGUCUAUAGUUUUGCCCUGUUUUCAGGUCAACUAACCACACAGUUUUGGGCCUCAGAAUUUCUUUAUGUGAAGGAACUUAAUUGACACCUGUGUGAUUUUAAGAUGUUGAAGUCUUAAGGCGACAGUUGCGUGAAGGAGAACUGGUAUGAAGAAAUAAACGUAGAAGGUCGGUAUGAGCACAGAAGGAAAAGAGAGCCUUUGUAAGGUGUUUUUUUUUUUUUUUUUUCCUUUUUUCCUUUUUUUUUUUUUUUUUAAAGAAAAAGCCUUAUAUGCAAACCUUUUAAUCUGUGUGUUUCUGCAAGUGCCAUCCUUGUAUAGUGUGAAGAGGGUGACUGUGUUACCUUUGCACCAGCUUCAGUAUUUAAAAAAGUUGUUCACCUUGUCCUUUGAAGCAUCCAUGUCAGUAUUAGAAGAAUAGGCAGCAGUUCCUUAGUUUACAUUUUUUUGUGCAAUUUUCAGUUUUUUUUUUUUUUCCAUUAACGUCUUGUCAGUAUUACACCAACCCACCCCCCCCAC